AUGGCCUCCAUCUCAUUGCUCACCUGCAUCUGUUUGGCCCUCACCCUGCAUGAUGAUGAGGUGAUGGUCAGGAGGGAUAAAGUGAAUGCCUUCAUUAAAUCACCUGGUGUAAAUGUUGACCCUUUCUGGCUGGGCUUGUUGGGAAAGUCCCUGGCCAAUGUCAACAUUGGGAGCCUCAUCUGCAGUGUUAGGGCUGGUUGAUCUGCCUCAGUAGCUGGCACUACACCAGCAGAAAAUCCUGUUCCCUCCACCUCUGCUGCCCCAGCUGAGGAGAAGACAGUGGAAGCAAAGAAAGAAGAAUAUCAGAAAUCUGACGAUGACAUGGACUUUGGUCUUUUUGACCACAGUUCUUUUGUAACCUGUUCAAUUAAAAGCUGA